AUGGAAUUGCAGAGAGGAUUACCUCUACUGCUCCAACAAUACAUAGCUCUGUUGAGGAAGAAUUUUAUUCUCGCAUGGAGGAACAAGCGAGCCACAUUUCUGCAACUAUUCUCCUCGCUGUUUUUCAUUUUCCUCAUGUUCUGCAUCCAAAAAGCCAUAGAAGGUCGGUUCGCCUCCUCGACGUCGUUUAAGAGGGUCUUAGAUCCCGAAGCGGUGGUGUCUCCUCCGAUUCUUCCCUGCGAGGACAAGUACUACAUCAGGUUUCCGUGUUACGACUUUCUUUGGAGCGGGAAUGAGAGUGCCAGAAUUGGAUCGAUCGUUAGGAGUAUUAUGGACAACAAUCCUGGAAGGCCUAUUCCUUCUACUAAGGUCAAAUCAUUCAGAACAAGUGCUGAAGUGGAUGAAUGGCUUUUCAACAAUGCCAUGCAUUGUCCUGGAGCUAUACAUUUUAUGGAAAGAAAUGCAACUGUAAUAAGCUAUGGAAUACAGACUAAUUCUACUGCAAUGAGCAAGAGAGGGAAUUUUGAAGAUCCCACAUUCAAGUUCCAAAUUCCACUUCAAAUUGCUGCCGAGCGUGAAAUUGCAAGGUCUCUGGUCGGAGAUCCAAACUUCAGUUGGGUGGUCAGUCUGAAGGAAUUUGCACACCCUGCAUUUGAAGUCUUCUCUGCUGUGACUACGGUAGGACCAACAUUUUUCCUAGCAAUUGCCAUGUUUGGUUUCGUCUUGCAAAUUAGUUCUCUGAUAACCGAGAAAGAACUCAAACUUCGCCAGGCAAUGACAAUGAUGGGCCUUUAUGAUACUGCCUACUGGUUAUCAUGGCUCACAUGGGAGGGAGUUAUUACACUUCUUUCAUCACUCCUCAUUGUGCUCUUUGGGAUGAUGUUUCAAUUUGACUUUUUCUUGAACAACGAGUUUCCAGUUGUGUUCCUUCUGUUCUUUCUUUUCCAAUUCAAUAUGAUUGGUUUGGCCUUCAUGCUAUCGGCCUUCAUUAGCAAGUCAACUUCAUCCACAACUGUGGGUUUCUCCAUAUUUAUCAUUGGUUUUCUGACGCAGCUUGUUACCACAUUUGGAUUUCCCUACAAUGAUAGCAUCGCUGCUCCCUUCCGGAUUGUCUGGUCAUUUUUCCCACCUAAUCUUCUUGCCGAAGCUCUUCAAUUACUUUCUGGUGCAACUUCAUCUCCCGAUGAUCCAGGAGUCAGCUGGAGUAGAAGGGCAAAAUGUGCGCCAAAUGAUACCGAGUGUGUGAUAACAAUUAAUGAUAUUUAUAUAUGGCUCAUAUCAACCUUCUGUCUAUGGUUUAUACUGGCUAUCUACUUCGACAAUAUAAUCCCAAACUCAGCCGGUGUGAGAAAAUCAGUGUUUUAUUUUCUGAAUCCUGGGUACUGGACAGGAAAAGGGGGAAACAAGGUGCAAGAGGGCGGCAUUUGUAGUUGCAUAAGUUCAGUUCCACAAUUUGAACAUAUUACUCCAGAUGAUGAGGAUGUUCUUGAAGAAGAAAACACCGUGAAACAGCAAGUGAGUGAAGGCGUAGUUGAUCAGGACACUGCAGUUCAAAUACGUGGUCUUGUAAAGAUAUAUCCUGGCACAACAAAGAUCGGUUGCUGUAAAUGCAAAAGGACUUCACCUUACCAUGCCAUUAAGGGCUUAUGGGUGAACUUUGCUAAGGAUCAGCUAUUUUGCCUUCUUGGACCCAAUGGAGCUGGAAAAACAACAGCAAUUAACUGUUUAACUGGAAUUACUCCAGUCACUGGUGGCGAUGCGUUAAUAUACGGAGAUUCCAUUCGAAACUCCGUCGGCAUGUCAAACAUUCGAAGAAAAAUAGGGGUUUGUCCACAGUUUGACAUUCUUUGGGAUGCAUUGUCUGGCCAAGAGCACCUCCACCUCUUUGCCAGUAUCAAAGGUCUACCUCCUGCUACAAUAAAAGCGGUUGGCCAGAAAUCAUUAGCAGAGGUGAGACUUACUGAGGCAGCCAGAAUGAGAGCUGGUAGCUACAGUGGAGGAAUGAAACGCCGCCUCAGUGUCGCAAUAGCCCUCAUCGGUGAACCAAAGUUGGUCAUUUUAGAUGAGCCGACAACUGGUAUGGAUCCAAUAACUCGGAGGCAUGUUUGGGACAUAAUUGAGGAUGCAAAGAAAGGGCGGGCCAUUAUCCUAACUACACAUUCAAUGGAAGAAGCUGACAUUUUGAGUGACCGCAUAGGAAUCAUGGCAAAGGGUAGGCUUCGCUGCAUUGGAACCUCAAUCAGGUUGAAGUCACAGUUUGGAACUGGAUUCAUUGCCAACAUAAGCUUCUCUGAGGGCACUAACGGGACUCCUAGCAGAGGAGGGGGUGCUGCAAGUGCACGUCAGCAUCAAGCUGUGAAACAAUUCUUUAAAGAUCAUUUGGAUGUGGUACCAAAAGAGGAGAACAAGUCCUUUCAUACCUAUAUUAUUCCCCAUGAGAAGGAGAAGCUAUUAACGAAUUUUUUUGCUGAGCUCCAAGAUAGAGAAGGGGAAUUUGGUAUAGCAGACAUCCAACUUGGUCUUACAACUCUCGAAGAAGUCUUUUUGAACAUUGCGAGGCGGGCAGAGCUAGAAAGUGCGGCAGCUGAGGGGAGCCUUACAACCUUGACUUUGGACUCGGGAACUACAGUUCAAAUACCCAUAGGAGCAAAAUUUGUUGGGAUUCCCGGGUCAGAGUCUGCAGAAAAUCCUAGAGGCAUUAUGGUAGAAGUCUACUGGGUACAAGAUGAUUCUGGCACCCUAUGCAUUUCUGGCCACUCACCUGAAACUCCAAUACCGAAUCAUAUCCAACUCACAGCUCCUCCAACAACCAAUCGUCCAAGAAUUUUCUUAGGCCGGCCAGGACCAGCUCAUGGAAUGGUGAUCGAUGCUGAUCAAAUAAUUGGUGCACACUCUUAGUGCUAGGCUCGCUUGUAGAACUACAGUAAUAGGUAUUGUAUUCCCUAUAAUUUGAGAUGAUACUUGGUGUAGGUAUUGCUAUUUCUUUGUUAUAUUAUUUGAAAUAUGAAUUUUGCUUGUAUAAUACGCCCUGCCAAAUAAAAAGUCU